GGCCGGGCCGCCACGAUGCCGGAGUUCCUGGAAGACCCGUCGGUGCUGACCAAAGACAAGUUGAAGAGCGAGCUGGUGGCCAACAACGUGCCGCUGCCGGCCGGCGAGCAGCGCAAGGACGUGUACGUGCAGCUCUACCUGCAGCACCUCACGGCGCGCAACCGGCCGCCGCCCCCCGGCGCGGCCGCCAACAGCCGCGGGGGCGCCCCCGACUUCUCCAGCGACGAGGAGCGCGAGCCCACGCCGGUGCUCGGCUCCACCGGGGCCGCCGCGGGCCGAGGCCGGGCCUCCGUCGGCCGGAAAGCCACAAAAAAAACUGAUAAACCCCGGCUGGAAGAUAAAGUUGAUCUGGAUGUGACAGAGCUCACUAAUGAAGAUCUUCUAGAUCAGCUUGUGAAAUAUGGAGUGAAUCCUGGUCCUAUUGUGGGAACAACCAGAAAGCUAUAUGAGAAAAAGCUAUUAAAAUUGAGAGAGCAAGGGACAGAGUCGAGAUCAUCCACUCCUCUCCCAACAAUUUCUUCUUCAGCGGAAAAUACAAGACAGAAUGGAAGUAAUGACUCAGACAGAUACAGUGACAACGAUGAAGACUCUAAAAUAGAGCUCAAGCUUGAGAAGAGGGAACCACUAAAGGGCAGAGCAAAGACUCCAGUAACACUCAAGCAAAGAAGAAUUGAGCACAAUCAGAGCUAUUCUCAAGCUGGAAUAACUGAGCCUGAAUGGACAAGUGGAUCUUCAAAAGGCGGACCUCUGCAGGCAUUAACUAGGGAACCUACCAGAGGGGCCCGAAGAACUCCAAGGAAAAGGGUGGAAACUUCAGAGCAUUUUCGUGUAGAUGGUGCAGUUUUUUCAGAAAGUACUCCCAUAGCUGAAACUAUAAAGGCUUCAAGCAACGAAACUUUAGUUGUCAAUAGGGUGACUGGAAAUUUCAAGCAUGCAGCUCCCAUUCUUCCAAUCACUGAGUUCUCAGACAUACCCAGAAGAACACCAAAGAAACCAUUGACAAGAGCUGAAGUGGGAGAGAAAACAGAGGAAAGAAGAAUAGAAAGGGAUAUUCUUAAAGAAAUGUUUCCAUUUGAAGCAUCUACACCAACAGGAAUUAGUGCUAGUUGCCGCAGACCAAUUAAAGGGGCUGCGGGCCGACCAUUAGAACUCAGUGAUUUCAGGAUGGAGGAAUCUUUUUCAUCUAAGUAUGUUCCUAAGUAUGUUCCCAUGACAGAUGUCAAGUCGGAAAAGACAAAAAAGGGACAUUCCGUUCCCAUGUGGAUAAAAAUUUUGCUAUUUGUUGUUGUGGCUGGUUUUUUGUUCUUUGUCUAUCAAGCUAUGGAAACCAACCAAGUAAAUCCAUUCAGGAAAUUUAUUUCUGAUAAUUCUCUAACUUCCGACUGAAUGAUAGUUCUUUGGCACACUAAACACUCAACGGUCUCCUGUUUUUAAUAACUGUAAAAAAAAUUGUGUAUACUUAUUGACUGGAGAACUAAAAAUAAUGUGAUUUCACCUCAGUAAAUGUAUUCCAUUGCAAAGCAAACAGGAUAUAAAAAUGGACUUCAUUAAUUGUCUUGGACUUUGGACUAGCAGGAGAUCACUGCGUGCCAUAUGAAUACUCUUUUUUUUUAGCUCUGGAACUUUUUUGUAGGCUUUAUUUUUUUAAUAUGGACAUCUUAUUUUGUUUUUGAGAAAAAUGUAUAUGGUUUUGUGUAUCUGGGAAAUACGAAGGGCAAAACGUAGAGAAUGUGAAACUUCACAUUUAAAUACUCUGAAUUCUUACAGAAAAGAUUUUAAGAACUCUA